GUAAAUUUCUCCCCCCACCCCCACCAAAACCUCUCAACCUCCAUUUUGUUCAUGCUCCACUUUCGAACAAACCCUAACAAUUCAACAAAUACACACCACUUCCGAACAAACCCUAACAAUUCAACACAUACAGAGCGACGCGGUGAGCAACUCAGUUGUCAAUGGCAUGCGAAUCGUUGACUUGAAUCGAAGAGAGAGGAUCUGAGUCAUCGGCGAUAUAAUUUAGAUUGUGUAUUGACCCGGUCUGAUGGGUGCUGCGGGCUCCAAACUCUAGAAGGCUCUCGGCGACCAGUUUCCGGAAGGCGAGCGACAUUUCGGGCUCGAGAAUUUCGGCAACACUUGCUAUUGUAACAGCGUUUUGCAGGCUUUCCGUUCCAAGUACAGAGGCAGUGUUCCUUUGCUUGCAUCAAUCUUUUGGAAGUGUUUGACAAAAAAAAACUUUUGGAAGUGAUAAUAACUGCUGUUGUUACAGAGACAAAAAAGCCCCGCACUCAUCUCUUUCCUCCCGAUUUCUUCCUGCCUGGCUGUCGUCCUGUUUUACCCCUGCUCACUUGGUUCGACUUCUCCUCACCAAGCAACCACUCUACCCCAGAUCUGUCAAAUUGAAGUUCCUCUCCUUCAACCUUUGCAUGUUGGAUUUCACAUCAACAGCAUCUCCCUAUAACCUUGGAGCCUUGUUUGGAUUCAAGCUUUCCGACGGUAAUUGGAUGAUUCCUCCGUCACACGCCAUCAAGGUGAAAUUUGGAUAACAAUUCUCAAGAUAAAUGGUGCCACAAAGUGGCAUAUGAAGCAAGGCUCUUGUUAAUUUGGCUAAACCCAAAUACCGAAUUCCCUCAUUUUUCUCUCAAAUUCUGCACAUUUUCGCUUUCUCAAAUCAACCGCAUAUCUACCAUCGAUGGAAAAUGAAGAAGUAGCUCUGUCAUCAAACCCUAACCCUAACCUCCUAGUUGCAGAUCCAUCCCUCCAAAAGAAGCACCAAUCAAUGCUUGACCGCCUCUCCAACCGCCACCAAACUCGUUUAGAUAACUCACUCACCCGUCGAUCUGCUGAGUCCGACUCGUCCUCUUCCCCUUCCUUCGAGUCCACAUCAAAUUUCCUCUCCCGCUUUUCCAACUCCAAGAGCUCCAUCGAGUCCCAACUCGCCCAAUGCCGGCUCUGUGAUCCGACUCAAGUCAAAUCCCACCUCGACCAAAUCUCCUCCUCCAUAUCCGAUCUCGAGAAGCUCGUUGCUGAGAACUCGUACUUCUUACCUUCCUAUGAAGUUCGGUCCUCGCUCAAGACGACGUCGGAUUUGCGGCAAAGUCUUGAGGUUUUGAGCGCCGAGUUGUUACCCAAAAAGAAAUUCUCUUUCAGAAACAAACCCAUCAGAAAAGACCCAAUCGCCGAACCCAAAGAGGAGGAGAAAGAGCAGGAACCUGAGAAGAAAUCGGGUUUCCGGGUUCCAGACUCCCCGGGUUUCUGGAACAAGAAAGGAGAGAUUUUGGUGCAUAAUUUUAAGGGAUCGGAAGUGGGAGAGUUUUCAAUUUCGGACCUUGAUUCCUGUGAGGUGAGGCUAAUGGGCUCCGUGAGAGCGCUUUUUGUUCACAGAUUAAGGAAUUGCAGGCUUUAUACUGGCCCUGUGACGGGUUCAGUUUUGGUUGAUGGUGUUGAAGGGUGUGUUUUUGUGAUGGCCUCGCAUCAAAUUCGGAUUCACAAUGCGAAAACGAGUGAUUUUUAUCUGAGGGUGAGGAGCCGGCCAAUAAUUGAGGAUAGUUGUGGGGUGAGGUUUGCGCCAUACUGUUUGACAUAUAAAGGAAUUGAGGAAGAGCUUAGGGAGGCCAGUCUUGACAAAGAGACAGAGAAAUGGAGCAACGUGGAUGAUUUCCUGUGGUUGCGGGCUGUUCAGUCACCCAAUUGGUCUAUUUUGCCGGAGAAUGAGAGACUUGGUUUGGUUGAUAUUUCAAAGUCCGUGGAGAGUUAGUUUGUUAUCCAUUUUGUUUGUCACGAGGGUGUGCUUGGAGUAUAAAGGUAACAUUCUUUUGUUGUAUUUGGUGUUAAUAUGGAUAUGGAUUACGGAAAUGUUGAGUCUAUUGGUUUCUCUAGCAUUCAGUACUUAAGCCUAUGGUUAUAUGAAUUUACAUUCUUACUCAGUUUCAAUUUUAUCUGCCAAGAUGAUUUUGAGGUUGCAGUGUGAAAUUGUGGGAACUUGGAACUAGCUCAUGUUGGAUGAGAUUGGUUCUGGAAAGGGUAGUGGAAAAGAUAUGGCAAUCUCGUUGCUCAUACCCAAUCAAGAAGUCAAGAUUUUUAUUUGAAAUGUCUUGUUUAAAUACAUUAUUUUGUUCUGGAGACGCGGGGUCUGGAUUUAUAAGAUAUUUUCCUCGGCUGUGAGUUUGAUGAUCUGUGGUGUCUGUUGUGUGGGUUGUUAUUGGUUGAUAUUAUAGACAUGUAAAAGUGAAGUCUCAAGUUAUAUAAACUUUUGUUUUUUUGA